UCUCUGCGCCUGCGCCCCGCGCCGGAGACCUGGGGUUGGGCAGCGCCCAGUUCCGUGCAACUUUCAAGUGAGUUGCAAACUCCGCCCCGAAGCCGGUGCCGGUGGCCGGGCGCACUGAGGUCCCGGGGACCCGCAGGAGCGCAGGCUGCGACCAGCCGCCCCUGGCCCGGGACCCACAGCGGCCCUGGCAAGGGCCGAACGCUUCGUUCUCCGGAGCAGGAAGUGCGGCUCAGAGCUGUAACUGCCAAAGCGGCGCGGUGGGGCGGAAGAGCGCCCUGGCGGGUACCGGCUCCCGAGUCGGUCCUGCCUGCCCCGGCCCGCUCAUCUCCCCUUUCUUCAGGCUUUCCGCACCGCGGAGUUAGUGCGGGCUCCGCCUCCACAAAGGGGCAGUCCUAGCGCCCCUGUGGUUCCUACACCUCCGCCGUGGCGUGAGCGUCUCUCUGGUCGUCUUCUUGGAGGGAUCUCCCUUCGCUCCCAAGGCUGCAGAAUGGUGUCGUGGAUGAUCUGUCGCCUGGUGGUGCUGCUGUUUGGGAUGCUGUACCCAGCUUAUGCUUCCUACAAGGCUGUGAAGACCAAGAACAUUCGUGAAUAUGUCCGAUGGAUGAUGUAUUGGAUCGUCUUUGCACUCUUCAUGGCGGUGGAGACCUUCACGGACGUCUUUAUUUCCUGGUUCCCUUUCUACUACGAGAUCAAGAUGGCGUUUGUGCUGUGGCUGCUUUCUCUGCCGCUAAGUUCAGACUUGCCUGGCUCUGACAUUGACCAUGAGCCGCUGCUCCUUGUCUCUGGGCCCAAGCUUGCUGUUGGCGCCCCAGGGUGCAGGGCUAGAAGGGUUGCCGUGUUGCCUUUGGACCUGUGCCCCAGGCAUUGCUCGCAGGUCAGCCUUGAUCUCCCUGGGCCGCUCCCCUGCCUGAGGCCCCUUCUGCCCAAAGCCCUGCCCCCUCCGUCAGGUGGUGCAGCGGCUCCUGCUCCCUUGCAGAGUCAGGGUGCACUGGCCGGGAGGCUGCGGAGCUUCUCCAUGCAGGACCUGCGCACCAUCCCCGAUGGCCCCGCCCCCACGUACCAGGAUCCCCUCUACCUGGAGGACCAGGUACCCCGCCGCAGGCCUCCCAUCGGGUACAGGGCAGGGGGCCUGCGAGACAGUGACACCGAUAAUGAGUGUUGGUCCGACACAGAAGUGGUCCCCCAGCCACCAGCCCGGCCCCGAGAGAAGCCGCUGGGCCGUAGCCAGAGCCUGCGUGUGGUCAAGAGGAAGCCUCUGGCCCGGGAGGGCACCUCACGCUCCCUGAAGGUUCGGACAAGGAAAAAGACCGCACCCUCAGACAUGGACAGCUAGGGUCUGCGGAGCCAGGCCGGGUCUUACCUCCUGCUCUUUGGGGCGCUGGGGCCCUUCCGAGGGACUUCUGGCUGUGCCCACAGCCCUCCUGGCCCUCCUGGCUCUUGCUGACGGUUCCCGGCCACGUGCAGGGCUGCGCCCACGAUGUACCAAAGCAGGCUGGGCUUACGGUUCUAUUUAUUGCCUUCCUCGCCCCCUACCUUCCCAGGUGUGGGACCAGAGCCCUCCCCAGGCCCCUGGAAAACCCAAAGGUCACCCAGCUGCAUUCCUUCCUUCCUGUCCUUCAAAGUACUUGACAGCCUUCUCCAAGGCCUGUGUGUGUGUGUGGAGCUGGGGGGCGAUGCUGAUUGUACGGUUUGUGUUGGUGAAUGAGGCUGGGUUUGUGGAAGUUUUGAUAAAUAAAUUCACAAAAGUGCUCCAUC